UUGCCAACAACAGCCAUCAACCUUGGCUCGACCCGCGCAGGUCCUAGGUAGUAUUUCGCGUGGCAGUUCACUCAGAGCAAUUAAAACAUUUACAGGGUUCAUGCUGGCUACAUGCUAUGGCCAGCACUAGCUAGUCGCGCCUUGUUUCGUCCCUUCCACAACGUCAGAACUUCUGCUGCUCUCCAUGCCAUUGCCUCCGCUGCUCUCCCUAUCGAAAAAGCCAUCGAUACCGUCGCCGAGUCAUCUACAACUCUUUCUGCCCCAUUGAUCCGUCCCUCCAAAGCCUCAUUUGCGGCAGCACAGGCAAUUCGAAUGUGCAUUGCAAAUGGUGGAUUUUCCGAUGGGUUUUUUGUUUUGAACUCAAUCCGCUUUGCUUCCUAUCGUCAAAAGGUCUCGAAUAUACCAUUCAAGGCACCUGGAAUUGCAGAGUCGCAGAGCGAAUUCGAAGCAGCUGCCUUGAGCUUUGGACCUGAUGUUCCGACGCGUUUAUCUGCCCACACCCUUCUCCACUGUCUUGUGCGCCACAAUAUUGCACAGCCGGCCUUCGAACUCUCCAAACUUAUGAUGCAGGAGGGAGUCAAUCUUCGCAGCGCGACUUUGGAGGCCAUCAUGAAAUCCCUCGUUCCCCCGCCCACCAAUCGCACUCUGCUCGACAGAAUUAUUCCUCGCCAAAUGCGCACUAUUCCUCUGCAAACUCCAUCCGAUGCUUUGCUCCUCCAUCCUUCCCGUAUGUCAGACCCUAGGACGCGUUUUGCAUUGGAGUUAUUAUUCCUUGCAAGGCGACAUCGUCAAAGACGAACAGAUCACAUGUUCAAGCUCAUUAUGGCCGCUUCUCUGCUUAAGGGCGAGCUGAUCAUAUUCUCGCUGCUUUUUGGCUGGACCUGUCGCGAAUGGCAAACGGGCUAUUCACUUUCUAGCAACAUUGCAGCUCUUCCUGAGGACGACGAACUUCAGUCGUCUCCUCAGGUUGCUUCAGCUAAAUUGCGCCUAGAACAUCUGCGGAAAGAGGCCAUUUUUCCAGAUCGAACUUCGUUAGAAAAUGCCUUGCAAAUAAUCAAGGCGAUUCUCGCGAGAGACGGUGACGCAACUUACCCGACUCAAGAUCGACUUGUCGCUCUUCAGUCAUUAGCAAAUAUUGCUGGUCUCCUAGAGCGGCACCAAAUUCCGUUUCCUAAACUAUCCGUCCUUAUCAGCACCUUAUACAAAUGUCCUCGCGUCGACGAUGAAGUUUGGAUAGUCGGGUUGGGGGGAUGCCCUGAACGGAUAAAGGCCUACGACUAUUUUCAUCAAGUUCUUUUAAAAUUAUUACAAACCCUUCCGACCCAACAAAUUCUUCUCCAACAACCUAUGGUACCUCGAGACGCUAUUGUCAAAAGUCGUCGUUAUCCCCUGUUGCCACCCUUGGAUGUAAGCAGUUGUAACAGUCUUCUGCACUACGCACUUCGUCAACGACUCUCGAUCGAAUACGCACAGAAAAUCCUUUCACAUAUGGCCUCAAGACCGGACUGUCGCAAUUCCCCAGACAUAGUGACGGCGAAUAUAUUACUGCGCUCCGGGUCCCUUUUGCGAAGGAACGACAUCGUUUCAGGCACCGUCCAGUCAAUGGGCCCGCACUUCAGCUACACUCCCGAUGUACCUGUCAUGCGGUCUGAUGGCUCAUUCAAGCCAAAAGUUAGCAUCUCGACAACUCCAGCCAUCUCUAGCCUUGGGCAGGAACAGUUUGGAUUUGUGCAGGAUGCUCUGGAUACCGGAGCCCGGCUUGGGGCUAUAGAGUACGGGAAUCUGACCAUACCCGCGCUUCCAUCUGCUGGAGAUAUACGCACCCUCACAUCGUAUAUCUCCCACCUCACUGCAAUCGGCAAACCGGGCGAAGUCACCACUAUUCUCUUCACUGUGCUCCCUGAGCUGCAAAGCAUCCUCUUUCCGACAAAUUCUGAGCGCAAAGAAGAUCAGAGUCUCGGUCAUGCGGCGUUGUUAGCCUCUCUUCGUCGAGCGAUAACCCUUGGUCCUAUCUUCUUUGGCGCCGUCCUCGACUCGCUCUCCAAAUCUGGUCAAUUCGCGCUCGCUGACCGUGUCUGGCAACUGGCCAAGAAGGCUGAAUGGUGCAGUUGGACACGGGCUCAUGUCCCACAAUGCGAGCCUUGGAUUUUUGGACCCCAUGUUUAUACGAUCAUGAUGCGCUGCUAUGGCACUCUGGCGCGAAGACGAGAACUGUGGCAGAUGAAAUUGCAUCCCGCCAAACGCAUCUCCAAACGAACCUCCAAGCACUCUGUGUGGGCGUCUUUUCUCUACGAGUGCCAACAACUACCUCAUCCAAUGCCGCCACAUCAAGUCUUUUUUCUUCUUCGGCGGGUCAUGGCGCAUGCGACCUUCGACGUUUUCCAGCGAUUUAUGAGUAUUGCAACUCUGUACCGACGUCUCCCUACCAAAUUGCGUUGGCUCAAAGAAUCGGAACUGCCGCGCCCGGAUGCCCGUUUCUUUAAUGCUGCCUUAGAUGUCUUCAGACCUCGUGCGAAUGGUCCUGGAGCUGGCCCGUGGAUCCAUGCCCUCAAAGAGGCGCAACAAGCUUUGGCCGAAACUCAUCGCAUCCCGUCAAACGAGGAUUGGAAUGUACCUCUUGAAGCUGUGGUAAAAGCGAUGGUUAAAGCGGGUUUCCCGUUGCCUGUCAGCCUGCAAUCGAUCUCUGUUGGCCGGUUGGAUGCGGUCAUGCAGAAGAAGAAAGGCCACAAGCCAGCUUCUAAUUUGGACGUGCCAUUCGUAUAUGCAGACACGAAGCCCGAUGGCGGUGUUGUUCGACCGCUUCAUCUACCAACACCAAAGCACAAGGCUUUGCCAACUUCCCCUGCAUAUAACCAUUACCGUCGGCUUCGGAUGCGACGAUGGAUUCAGCGACAACAGCGACGCCAGCCUGCUAAAUGGCAACGAAGGCUUGCGGGCGAUUUAUUCCAGAAUACCAGUUAA